AUGAGGGAUCCACACUUCUGCAAAGGGAUGAAGUUUGCCACAGCAAAGGUACUCAGAGCUGCCAUAAGAGAGAGGGCCAUUCAAAAUGGUUGGGAAACUGUUUUUCUGAAAAAUGAUAGGCUGAGGAUUAGAGCCAUUUGCAAGGCACCAAACUGUCCCUUUGAGCUGUUUGCAUCAAAGAUGCAGCAUAAGGACACCCUGAUGAUAAAGACUUAUAAUGGAGAACACAAUUGUCCAAGGAUUCUUGAUAAUAGUAUGGUACAAACACCAUACCUUACACAGAAGUUUGCUGAGCAAAUCAAGCUUAAUCUUGGUAUUUCAACAGAGUCUCUUGCACAGCCAAUGGCAGCUGGUGUGAGGGCCAGAGUCUCUUUUCAACAAGCUUAUAGAACCAAGAAGGCUGCAUUGAGUCUGCUUGAGAAGAACAUGAAGGAGCAAUAUGCUCGAGUACAGGAUUAUGCACAGGAGCUGAAAAGGGUGGAUUCAAACACCACUGUUGAUAUCAAAUAUGAUUUCAACAACCCUGGUCAGCUCCCUGUUUUUAAGAGAAUGUACGUUUGUUUAGGAGUCCUAAAGAUGGGGUUCAGAGAUGGAUGCAGGCCCAUUUUGGGGCUAGAUGGUUACCACUUGAAGAGUGCUUAUGGUGGGCAGCUAUUAUCAGCAGAGGGAUUGGAUCCAAACAACACAACCUGGGUGGUAGCUUAUGUUGUGGUUGAGAUGGAGAGUAAGGAUUCAUGUGAUUGGUUUUUGAGGUUAUUGGUGAAAGAUUUGGAGAUUACAGGAGAUGGCAAUGGUUGGACUUUCAUAUCAGACAAACAGAAGGGACUGCUACCUGCAUGUUUGGGCAAUUGCUAA